UUUCCCUUCCUAUUGGUCCGUAAAUAAACGAUUUCGGAAUACAGUAUCCUUCAAAACGCUAUUUUGGGAAAUACAAUAUUCAUCUUCGAUCAAAUAUGCAGCAUUUGCCUUAACCUAUAACAAUCUAUAUAAGUUUCAACCCAUUUACCCUCUUUUAAUUUAGUUUCAGCUGUUAGACCACCACGCAACCAAAGCAAAAACAAAAAAGAAUUCACAAGCUUCAUCAAUAAUGGAUUACAAUUACUGUGUCGAUAUGAGCUGUGUGAUGAAAGUGAACAGAAGCUGCAUGCUUUGUACGCAAAAAGUGUCUGAAGUAAUGCAUUGUCUCUACGCUGUUUACUCAAUGGAAUUCGUCGGAGACGACAACUCAAUAAAACUAAAGGCGAGGGUUAACCCUAGUAUAUUGAUGGCGGUAAUGGAUCGGUACGGCGAACAUGGAAAGAUCAUCAAUCUCCGUUUCGACGGAGAAGUUUUGAAUCCCCGCGGCGGCGGUUAUUACGGUCAUUCAGGCUAUUUCCUUCCUGCCAUGGCCUCCUCCGGUGGUUAUAAUCCAUAUUCGUAUCCGCCGUCGUAUCCGUGCGCUGGAAACUAUGCUCCUUAUACGUGUAAUCAGCAGCGGCAGACGGAUCAGGGACCACGGAACCCGCAUACAACACCGCCGGUUUAUCCUAUGCCGAUGCCAUCGUCAAGAUCGGUUCAUAGUUACGCUUACGUAGAACCGCAGUAUUAUACGGGUUCGUCGGGUGGACUUUGCUCGAUCAUGUGAUGCAUGCGAUGCGACUCUCUCUCUCGUUUGUCUCAGUGCCGCGUUUUUGGUUUAUAUUCUUGAUCGCUGUUUUUUUUAGCGAUUGCGUUUAUAGACGUGGAUUCUGAACUUUUUUGCGUUUUUGGUUUAUAUUCCUGAUCGCUGUUUUUUUUUAAGCGAUUGCGUUUAUAGA